UUCGGAGUUACAGUGAAAACUCGCCCAGCCUGCUCCGUGAGAAGCCAAUAGGCUCUAUGCACGGGAGUUGGUGACGUAUUUCCGGUCCAUUAUAAGGCCACUCUGCGAGUUCCGGUAUCGAAGAGACCCCCUACUGCUAGCUUAAAACAGCCUGAUUGCUCGUAUUUGUUUUGAUUAUUUGCUCCGACAUGGAAGAAAAAAAGGCUAAAUUUUUUUUUUCAAAGAAGGAAGGACAGCUCAUCAGGGCAUCACUGCUGUGUACCGCAGUGUUCAGCUUCAGCUAAAUUUAAUUCGGUUCUCAGUUUCCACACAAUUCCCAAAGACAUGGAGCUACAGAAGAGGUGGUUGAUUAAAAUAAGACGCACCAACUUCACCAUCACAAAUCACACCAGAGUUUGCAGUCGACACUUUCAAAGUACCGAACUGAUAGAGCCUUCAACUCCGAGCGGACGCAGACGUCUGAAGAAUGGAGCCAUCCCGUUACUUUUCCAGUGGAAUAAUUUUACUCUGCCAGCCCAAAGGCCCUCAGUUUGGCACAGAGAAGAGAGACCAGAGACAGGUAUGGACAUAAUCCAAAAUGAGGACCCUCCCAUGGAUGAACAUCUCCCAGACCACGACUACUGUUCUUCAGCUGAACCAGCUGCAAUUGAUCUCGCCCUGGACCAUAUUCAAGAUCUCCAAGCAGAAAUCGCAAGCCAACGUAAACAAAUGGAGGAGAUGGCUCUCAGCAACAAGUUUGGACUGGAGCGGUUUGCUGCUUCAGAUGACGACAUCAGAUUUUACACAAGAUUUGCAAGUUAUUCCCACCUGAUGGCCUUUUGGAGGCAGAUAGAGUCAGCAACACAUGACAUGGUGCGUGUGACAAGAGGCCGGACGGCACUUGGGAAACUUGAUGUCCCUCACUCCACAGGUUUAACGGCCCUUAAACCUAUUGAUGAAAUGUUCCUGUUCCUGACAUAUUUGUCUUUGGGUCUGCUGCAAAAGGAUUUGGCCCACAGAUUCAAAAUUCAUCAGUCAACUGUGAGCCGCAUCAUCAGUACUUGGGCUAACUUUCUAUACACUGUGCUUGGAGAUGUAGGCAUUUGGAUGUCUGAGGAUGAAGUGAAGGCCCACCUACCAGAUGUGUUUAAGAACUACUCAAACACUCAAGUGGUGCUGGAUUGCACAGAGCUGCGGUGCCAAACACCAAACUCUCUUCUGCAGAGUGAGGUGUUCUCUGCAUACAAAUCACACUGCACCUUCAAAGGGCUGAUUGGUAUGGCAAUAACCUUUGUGUCAUCUCUGCAUGAAGGUUCCAUCAGUGACAAAGAGAUCCUGAAGCAGUCUGGCAUUGUUUCCCUCCUAAAACCAACAGCAGCCAUCAUGGUUGAUAAGGAUUUCCUUGUGGAGGAUUGUGUCCCCUGCAAGGUCUACAUUCCUGCCUUUUUGUCAAAGCGAGAACAACUGUCUGGGGCAGAGGUCAGACAGACACAGUCUGUUGCAAGGCUGAGAGUGCACGUAGAGCGAAUCAUUGGAAGGGUUAAGGAGCACAAAAUAUUUAGCACGGUAAUCCCCAUUUCCCUCACAGGCAGCAUCAAUCAGCUGUACACAGUGUCCUGUCUCUUGGUUAACUACCAAAAUGGACCCUUAGUCAAAGCAUGGGCAAGGAGCAGCUAA